CCUAUAUGGGGAAAAAGAAUGGAUACAUAUAACUGAUUCACUUUGCUGUACACCUGGAACUAAUACAUCACUCUAAGCCAACUAUACUCCAGUAAAUUUUUGUUUCAAAAAAAUCGAGGCUCCGCCAGCAGAGUAGCAAUAAGAUGGGCAAUUAACUGUUACUCCUUUUCCCACUAAUCUGUGAGCUCCUGACAUGUUGAAAGAUAAGACCCAAGAAAGGAUCCUUGCUUCUUUUCUCUUACAAAGUGUCUGUUUAAUAUCUUACACAAAACAGGCAUGAGACAAAUUAAUCAAACAGCUUUUUAAAAGUGCCCCCUUUUGGAUCUAGCAGCCUGAUCCAUGAAGAAGACAGAGCUGCUGGCGUUUCUUAGAUGAGAGCCAGCACGUGUUACCAGGCAGUAUCCUGGCAGCCUCCAGGGAGCUGUGCCCUAGGCCAAAUCACUGAGCCCAUUCCUCGUGGAGUUUUCGCUCCUGUAGUGGUGGUUGUGCUUUGGUGGUCUGCGUGGACGCUGCCUCGAGGUAGCGCAGGUGACAGUCAUUUUAGGAAGUUUGUCUCCAUUAUAUUUUCUCACAGUUGGUGUCUGUGUCUACAUUUCUACCCAGUUUUUCACUCUUGGAUGUUUAGACCAUGAGUGUCUCACUUGCCCUUGGUGUUUAUGGGCCGCGUCAGUCUCUUCCUGAGUUGAUUUCCCAUACAGUCUGGCACACAGGGAUGGAGGGACGAAGACUGCCCCUUAGUCAGCAUUCUUUUCCAUAGUUACGAGUUAAUCCCUGGGAAUAGGGUUCUUCAGAGCGAAUCAUGAUGCCUCUUGAGCAUGUCAGCUUUCUGUCAAGGUGUUCAAAGAAAAGUCAGAGCACAGCGAAACUCCAGAAAGGAGAAGUUUGCAUGCUACCCUUGGAUUGGAACUUGACCGGUAGAACAUGCCAGUUUGGAAGAAUUACAGAAAACAAGUGUAACAAAUUCACAGAUUCGAUUAAUAUCGUUGAAAGACGGUUAAUCUUGUAAAACACAAAUGACUUCAGGGGAAAACAAAUAGAUACACAGGCUGCAGGGACAAAAGUUGCAUUUGACUAGCUGACCUUUCUCCUCCUUUCACAUAAAUGUGUCAUUUUAAAUCUAAUCAAGCUCCACAUUACCGACUCUCCCCAGUUUAUGUUGCACAGAAAACACUUUUUCAAAUGUUCGGUAGUGUGUAUUCUAUAUUGCACAUCAUUAACGAAAUGCAAUUAUAAACCCCGCUUUCCUAAAAAUUCCUUUUGGGACCAGUUUAUAUGAUAUCAGCUGAAAUUAGUGACUAAUACAGAUCCAAAGAGAAGGAGAAAUACUCUUUGUCACUACGUGAGUACCUGCAAUGGUUCUGUUGAUUAGUCAAGCCUGCUAGUGGCCUGUCACCAUCAGUUACUUCUAGAUGGUGUUUCUGACAAAGUAGUAGAAACUAGAGAAGUUUAGGUAGGUUUUUUGGUUUGGUUUGAUUUGGUUUGGUCUUGAGAAAUCUGCUGCCAGAAAAGACGGGAGACACUGCGGUGUUGAGAAAAGACUGCUGCUAUGAAUAAUAGCUUAAUUGAGAACUCACUCCAUGCCAGGCCCCUGCUCACUAGCCGUGAUGCUGCAGGGUGGUCCCCACUAUGGCCUCGAAGACUCAGAGAAGUCUAGUCACUGGCCCCAGGUCACACAGGAGGGAGCAGCUAAUCCUGGCACCUGGCUGUGGGAAUGUGCCUCUCACCGGAUUUGGCUUCAAGAACUCAAUUUACCAUUAAUUUGAGCCAUAGGCAGAUUUCCUUCACUUCUCCUUUUCAGGGACUUCUGAUAUUCCUUUUCCACCUCCUGUACUUCUGAGUUAUCGUUCACCCCUGUAGUCGAGAUGAUGAUUUUUAACACCUUGAUUAGUACAUUUCCACGAUGGAUGGAAAUUUACAUGGUAUUUCAAACUAUAUCGAGAGACUCAUUAGCACUUUAGGACACAUCAGUGGCAAAUUGCUAAUCAGGGUAAAUAAAGUGAGAUUUUACAGCACUGCCACUGAUAUCGUCCUGCUGUUGACGACGUGUUCCUCAGUGCCAGAGUCGCUUAAGUUAUUUUAAAUUUAUUUUAUUGAAGUCUAGUUGAUUUACAACCCUAUAUUAAUUCCUACUGUAUAGCAAAGUGAUUCAGUUACACGUUAUGUGUACAUUCUUUUUCGUAUUCCUUGGAAUCUGUUAAGUUGGAGGAAGCUGAUCCUACCAGACAUUGAUUUGACCACGCUUUGUUUCUCUAGAUGGGAGGAAAAACAAGAAUGCACUUUAAAAAUUACUUCUGGUUUAUAAGAGGACACAUUCAUCCUCAAAAUGAAAGGAAAUCAAGAUGACUUAGUCUGCGGGGCUUCAUUUAUUAAAAUUUCAUUUGCCCCUGUGCCUGGCUUCCACCGCUCUGUGCUAGCAAACUGGCUAUAAUUAGAUUAGCAGCCUGCUAAACGCCGGUGCCUGCCUGCGUCUCAGAGAGCAUGUGCCGGAUCCUGCCCAAGCCGCUCCUCAUUGGCUGCCGGCCCUGCUGCUCGCCAGUUUGAUAGGUUUCCACAGGACUCUUUAUGCUGCAUCGGAGACACAGAUACAGAGAUUCUCCACUGUGUUCUGACCACGGUGGAGGUGCUGAGCCGCUGGUAACGUUCCAGGAGGAAUCAGGCACCAAGGAGAAGGCGAUCGGCUUUGUGGCGAGAGCUGGGCGUUCACUGCCUGCCGGCUGCCAGAGGCCAUCAGGGCAGAAGUUUCAGUUCAUGAGAUUUCCUGCAGCAGAGAGUACUUUAAAAGAGGAAGAGUUCCCUGUGACUUGGGCCUGCCGUGUGUACAGCACUUGUUCCUCUCUCAACUCUGCCUGCAGUUGAACACAAAGACCUGGGGGAGACUCCCACAUCCUUCGGGGAGGAGAAAGGAGGCGGCGGCAGAGCAGAUUAAAGGAACUUGGGGCUUGUGGCCUUCCCGAGCCGGGCCGCCCGCGAGGGCCGAGGGAAUUAAAGCCCCGGGCCGUGAGAUGAGGCUCUGCUGCCGCCGCCGCCGCCGCUGCUGACACUCAGGUUCCGGACCGUCCGCUGCCCUUUGUGCCGCACGCACAUGUGUCUGUUGGGCGCAUCCGGAGGCGCGCAGACGAGCAUCCACCACGGCCGCCGGGGAGAGAGCGCCCGCCAUGCCCACGGAGAGCCUACAGACAGGUAGCAUGGUGAAGCCGGUCAGCCCCGCCGGCACCUUCACGUCGGCGGUGCCGCUGCGCAUCCUCAACAAGGGGCCCGACUACUUUCGCCGGCAGGCCGAGCCCAACCCCAAGAGACUUAGCGCCGUGGAGCGGCUGGAGGCCGACAAGGCCAAGUAUGUCAAGAGCCAGGAGGUCAUCAACGCCAAGCAGGAGCCUGUGAAGCCGGCCGUGCUGGCCAAGCCCCCGGUGUGCCCGGCCGCCAAGCGCGCGCUCGGCAGCCCCACGCUCAAGGUGCUGGGCGGUGGCGCCAAGCCCGAGGGCGGCGCGCCGCGCGAGACGCUGAAGCUCGAGAUCCUCAAGAACAUCCUCAACAGCUCCGAGGGCUCGAGCGCGGGCUCGGCGCACAAGCACGGCGCGCGGAACUGGCCGGCCGCCCGGGCCGACGCGGCCGAGCUGCACCGGCACUCCUUCGCCGAGUCGCUGCGGCUCUGCCCGACGCCCGGCCGCGGCAGCCCGCAGGAGGGCGGCUCGCACGUGGGCCGGCGCCUGCUCGAGCCGGCCGCCGACGCCGUGCUGCACGUGUCGCACAGCUCCUCGGACAUCCGCAGGGUGGGCGGCAAGCCCCCGAGGGCCGUGGCCUGCAGCAGCUCGGCCCCGCCGCUGCCCCCCAAGCCCAAGGCCGCCGCCGCCGCCCCCGCGGCGCUCAAGUCGCCCGAGGCCGAGGCGGCAGAGCCGGCCUGCGGGGUCAGCCGAAGACCGUCGCUGCAGCGGUCCAAGUCGGACCUGAGCGACCGGUACUUCCGGGUGGACGCCGACGUGGAGCGCUUCUUCAACUACUGCGGACUGGACCCCGAGGAGCUGGAGAACCUGGGCAUGGAGAACUUCGCCAGGGCCAACUCCGACAUCAUCUCCCUCAACUUCCGCAGCGCCAGCAUGAUCAGCUCGGACUGCGAACAGUCUCAGGACAGUAACAGUGACCUUAGAAACGAUGACAGUGCCAACGACCGGGUGCCCUACGGCAUCUCCGCGAUCGAGCGGAAUGCUCGGAUCAUCAAGUGGUUGUACAGCAUCAAACAAGCUAGAGAGUCACAGAAGGUCUCCCACGUGUAAGAGCGCGCGCGCACGGGGGGAGGGGGGGGUCUCGGUCCGUGCGUCCGCAGUUGUGAAGGUUGUGAGGUCUCCUUGAAGUGCUGUGAGCUUCUCCACUCUCUUUGUGUUGCUUGCUGUGCAAUGUCUUGCAAGUUGCAUGCCUGCCAACAUGGGGACCGACCUGGCGUCCACGGCAACCAUCGCUGCAGAGCCUGGCUGAACGCGAGUCAUCCACCCCGAGUUCCAGGCCAGAUUCUAAUUAGGGCUUCGAUCUUCAGCAAAACUGUUUACACGAAAACGGUAUACAACUUCUUCGAUAUUUAUGUGGUUCUUGUGUUUUUAUAUCCCGCGCUAUUGUGUCUUAAUUAAAAGUUUUAUCAACUGGCUUUUAAGUGGAGAGUAGCAUCUUUUUGAAAUAAAAAAAGCCAAUUUGCCUACACAUGAGAUGGAAGCAAUGGGAAAAUAAGUGGGAUCCGCCACCGGUCGGAUAUAGUGACUGAUCCCCAACCUGGCUGGGCCUGCUGACAUAGAAAGCAGGGUGCUGGAUGUUAGGAAUUAGUGUAUUGAAGUCCUCUAGCCAUUUACUCAAGUAAUGGUUGGGGCAACAGUGCCACGUUCGUUUUGUGUCGAUUUGGUGUGUAAAUUGUUGGUGGUUCUGUGUAAUACUGACCCCAAGGAAAGACAAUCAGAUACAACGGAGGUGAUUAAAUCAGGAGGUUGGGUGUUUGGGGCGGAGGUAUUGAUGUUGUUCUGAUUUGGGUUGAUUCAGAAAUUUCUAUUAUUAAUCUUUUGACAGGAAUGGGCACCCUAGAGCUGAUGCUGAAUGUCCAUUUUUUUUUUGGGAGGGUGUUGGUCAAGAACCAAAUCCACUGAGUUGUCUUCCCACCCCCCCGCCCCCCACCCUUUGCUGUUGUUUUAUCUGGGAGGGGAGUGGGGCUUGGGUGGGUUGGAACUUUCUCAAGACAUGAAUGCCAACGGAAAUCCCAGCCAUAUCAGUAGAGAGCCUCCUGCUAAAAAGCCAAUUACCUUUGGUAGCUGAACCAUAUCUGAGCAGCGUGACUGUCUCCUGCACGUGUGAAUCCAUCAGGCUGUGGACCUUUGCUUACGGCUGUAGAAACACGACCCUGUGUAGCUUUUCCACCCAGUGGUCCCUAAUGCUACCUAUCAGCUUCUUCCCUUUUCCCCCAUAACCUGUCCUCCAGGUGGUCUAGUUAGCCAUACAUCAGCUGACAGUCCACGGAGCGGGGAGGUCCACCUGCGUGCGGUGCUUGGCUUCCUUGCUCUUGUAGCCACACUCCGGAGCUCUCUGCAGCACUGCCUUAGACUCCAUCAGCUACUAGGACACUUUUUAUGGUGUAAAUGCUGUAACACUUUGUACAUACGUCCAUUGUUCCGAAAUCUUUAAAACAAAAAAAAAGGAAAAGUUACUCUAAUAAAUAGCUCUGGUGCAGGCACUAA